ACAGUCCUUCCCCUCCCCCUGUAUAAAGUAAAUCGGUGUAUAUUUGAAUCUCCAUGGACAUAAAAGGUAACUUCGAGCCGCCGCCGUAUAAGCUUGUGCCCCAGAACAGACCAACUGUGUGCUAUCGCGAUGAUCCAAAUCAACCUACUGUGCAGAACCAGCCACAGAAGCAAAAUUCAGACGAACGUCACGUGGUUCCAUCCCGCCCUCCCGACUAUACUGUAGCAGCUGUAUUGGCGUGUAUCUUCUGCUCCCCUUAUGUCGGCAUUUUGGCCAUUUUCAGCGCUAUGCAGUCCAAGACGAUGACCAAUAUCGGAGAGUAUAAGGAGGCAAAACGCCACUCCCGCCUCGCAAAAAGGCUGGUUAUAGCAAGUUUUGCAAUUGGCCUAUUUGGUCUAUUUGUGGUCUGCAUGUAUGUCGUGUAUAUCAUGACCAUCUUUUAUAGAUACGCAAAUGUCAACGUUGCUGCUAUUGAUGAACCACAACUUGCUUCGACACCUAAUAGUGGAUACUAGGUUAGCGGUUUGCGUUGGAUACCACGGUAAACGGUUAACAGCGGAUACUAGAGUAGCGGUUUACAGUUACCACCUUCACUGCACGAAAUUCCAAAUAAGAAACUAUUUGACUAUUUUUUGUUCCGUUGCGUCGACUGUUACCCAGCCGUUUUACUAUUUACUUAUUAAUCAAAUUAUUAAAUGAUACAUUUACUGUACUAAAAUCACAGCUUACUUCUCGCUUAAUUUGUAGAUAUUGUUAUUGUUGUUUUAUCCGUAAAAAUGGAAACAUUCAAAAUUAUUUGUUAAAGUAUUUAUCCAUCUUUCACUUGUGAU